AUGGGCGGCUAUCUCUCUCGCGACACCGGCGAGAGCGACGAGCUGAAGAACAAGCUCGCCGAGCUCGAGAAGGAGCUUGAGAAGGCAAAGGAGGAAGCCACCGCUAAGGCCGACGAGUUCAAGAAGCUGCAGCAAGAAGCCGAAGAUUCCACCACUAAGAAUGAUACCUUGAGCAAGGAGAAGACCGAGCUCGAGGAGAAACUAUCUAGUGUGCAGAAAGAUAAGGAAGCAUCUGAGGCCGAGUUUAAGGGCAAGCUAGAAGCGGCCCAGCGCGAGCGUGAUGACCUAACUUCGUCGCAUGACGCCACCAAGACCCAACUCACUGCCGAGCUCCAACAGCUCAAGACUGAUCUAUCCGAAGCUACAUCAAACCACCAGACUGCCGAGAACACCAUCACUACUCUCCGCGCCGAGCACGCCAAGGCAAUCGAUGAUCUAAACGCUUCCAAAGCUUCCCAGGUUGCUGAGCUUGAGUCCAAGAUUGCAUCCAUCUCGAAGGAGCUUGCCAGCGCACAGUCCGAUCUGGAGGCCGCGCGUGGCGAGACUACAAAGCUCCAGUCCGAGUCUGCCGCUACCAAGGAUAAGCUGAGCGGGGAGAUAACUGCCCUGACGGCUGACCUCGAAAAGGCCAAGCAGGACGCUGCCAGCACCGAGAGCAAGCUCAAUGAGCAGAUCACCGCUCUCACCGCUGACCUCGAGAAGGCAAAGACCGAUUCUACUGCCGCCAUCUCUACACUUACCGCGGAGCGGGCCGAGGCUGACGGCGUCGCCGCCAAGAAACUAGAGGACGCGCAAUCGAACAUCGACUCCCUAAAGACACAGGUUAAGAGCUUGGAGGAUGAGCUUGCAGCCGCCAAGGCUGACUCUGAGAAGUUGAAGGAGGAGGUUGAGGCUAGCAAGAAGUCUGCCUCAGAAGCCACUGAGAAGGCUGACGCUCAAGUUGUGGAGCUGACCAAGAAAGUCGAGGAACUCAGCAGCAAGCUCAGCGCUACCGAGAGCAGCGUUGCCGACAAGGAGAGCGAGCUUGCCAAGGUGCAGGCCGAACUUGCCAGCAAGGCCGAUGAGAUCUCCAGCAUCACCGCCACAGUCGAGGCGGAGAAGACUGCCCACUCUGAGACUAAGAAGUCCCUCGAGCAGGAGCAGGCUGCCCAUGCGGACUCCAAGAGCUCUAUCGACACCGAGAAGGCCGCCCAUGCCGAGACUAAGAAGGCGCUAGAGCAGGCUGAGGCCGGACAAGCGGACUUGAAGAGCAGUGUUGAGAGUGAGAAGACCGCUCACGCAGAGACUAAGAAGGCCCUCGAAGCGGCCGAGGCGGCACAUGCAGACCUGAAGACCAGCGCUGAGAGCGAGAAAGUCGCUCACGCUGAGACGAAGAAGCUGUACGAUUCUGAGGUCUCAGCCCACGAUGGAUCCAAGGCCAGUGCAAAGUCGGCUGAGUCCAAGGUCGCUGAACUCGAAACAAAGAUUUCCAUACUCGAGGCUCAGGAGGCUGAGCUGACUGCCAAGAUCACUGCGUUGACUCAGGCAAAGGAGGAAGUGAAGGCUGAGGCACCUGCCCCAGUUCCAGAGGAUGAGACGCCGGUGCCUGCUGCACCGGUCGAGGUUAAGGAGGUUGAGGCUGCUGCGUAA